AGUUGGCGUUGAGCAAUCCUUCCCCUUGUUCCCCCCCCACAAUCAUUUUUAACAUUUGGCGUAAUCGGUGGCUAACACAAAGAUUUUCCAACACUUUACAAUAUUGUUGGAACAAUUUUGCUAAAUUUGCCGUUGCUUGCGGUCAAAAUUAAUUCUUUUAUCGCUUCCACGUCACUCUGCUGACCAUGGGCCUCAAACGCUUCGUUUCCUCAAUGCUGCGCAGUGCCCCGCUGCGAUCAUCCAAAGCCGGGGAGCUGGCCACCGGCUAUCCCUCUGUGUUCAACGAGGACGGAAUGUGGAAUGCUAAGAUGCUACGGCAGGUGCAAGGUACGACUGCAAAUGUCCCAAUGAAGCUUCAAGGACUUGCUGUGAAGCAGCAGCAAUCCGAGCACAUUGAUGACGCCCCCUAUCGACUUCCCCGCAAGCGCUGCUGGCUGACACAACGCAAGGAUCCCAAAUUACUGGAGAAAAAAUAAAGAAAAUAAUGUCAUUAGAUGUGUUUUUACAAACACUCCGCUGUAUAAAGUUAAUUAUAUUCUCUUAUUUAACUAA